UGAGCCUGUCCAAAGCAAGAAGAAACUUUAAUUUUAAAUAAAUAAAUAAAAAAGGAAGAAUUCUCAGUAGUGGAGUGGGGCAACAAUGCAAGUGGCCUGAAAUCCAAGAAAGAUAACCAUGCCAUUCAUCUCUUCUCCUUCUCUCUUCAAUCCAACUCUAGCUGGAAUAUUUGCACCAGUGAAUGCAACCACCAGAUUUUCUUCAAGAAUCCAAAAGAACCAAGUGUCAAGGAUAGAGAGAGAGGGGAAUGGAAGCAGGAGGAAAGUUCUUAUUUUUAUGAUCCCUUUGGUUUCCUCUGGUUUAUUGGAUUCAUUAUCUGCAUCUGGGAAGGUGAAAGGUUCCAAUCCAUACAAUGAAAAACGCCUUCUUGAGCAGAACAAGAAGAUGCAAGCAGCUAAUAAUGUCCCUAAUGACUUCCCAAGUUUCAUCAGAGAAGGUUUUCAAGUAAAAGUAGUGGCUUCAGAUAACUAUCAGAAGCGCGAUUCUGGGCUUAUGUAUCUGGAUAUAGAAGUCGGUAAUGGUGACUGCCCGAGGGAUGGUCAACAGGUUAUCUUUCACUAUAUUGGUUAUAACGAAUCAGGACGACGAAUUGAUAGUACUUAUCUUCAGGGUUCACCUGCCAAAAUUCGGCUUGGCAAUAAAGCCUUAGUACCAGGGUUUGAAGAGGGGAUUAGAGAUAUGAGACCCGGAGGAAAGCGGAGGCUGAUUAUUCCUCCAGAACUCGGGCCUCCGGUUGGACCAUCAACAUUUUUCAGCUCAAAACAAUUUGAAGUAUUUGAUGUUGAAUUGCUCAGUGUGCAAGAUUGUCAACGGAGAACCAUUGGCUUUUACUCUGAUGUUAUCUGCAACUAGGAAUGAAAAUUUUCUGUUUUCUUUUGUUUUAGUUUUUGUCUGCACCUUUCAAGCUUGAAUAUUUAUUGUCUUAAAUGCAAUCAUUGAUUAUGCAUA